AUUCCCCGUACUGUACUGCAGCUGCAAACCAGAUGGAAGUAAAGCAAUAACAGAACGGUGGAAAAUGCGGCGUUAUCCUGUCUGUAGAAAUAACGGAUUAUAAUAAAACAUGUCAAAUACUCCCCAAGAAGUCUCACAGUGAGCGGUAUGCUUAAACCUGUAGAAACCCAUAGAAAACAUCUUUGAUUAGUCAAUAAAGAAGAAAGGAUGGAUCCUCACACAAGUUGUUUCUAUUUCAGUGUCACCGCUGACGCCAAAACAGACAUUGUAAACCAUACAAUCCCAAACACAAGCCUAACAGUUGUAAAAGAGGGACUCAUGGACUCUCCAAAUGACUUGGUAACAGCUUGCGUACAGAAUGAUGUAGCAUGUGGUCAUUCUCAGUCUUGCAGCAGAAGUCAGACUUGUCCUAAAGGACAGAGAGCAACAAGUGCCAGUUCACCUGUGCCCCAGCCUGGUGCCAGCAGCUGCUCUGUGGGCCACUCACCAAACCCCAAACUCACCUUGUGUCUUAGUAGUAGUCCUUUAAAAGGUGUGAGAACGCCUAAUGAUGUGGAGAUGCUGAGUCCAGACAGCCCGGGGUGUAGAACCCUGCACAGCUCCACAGAUGGGCCUCAUGCAGGCAGUGCUUGUUCAGACGGGUCUGAGUGUCCAAGUUUAGCCAAAGAAAGAGAAGGCCUUGUUUCAAUGGGAACAGACCAGUCACAGAUACCAGUGCACACUGGAUCAACUGGGUCAGCUCAAUUCCUAUGCCAGGCAGACAGUAUAGCCUUUGCUCUGCAUAAUAUGGACCGAGGAUGGCAGGGGACUCCUAUAGAUGAGCUGAACAGAAUGCCUCAGUGCGCUCCUCCUCUGUCUCACCUGAAGGUAGUGCCCAACCACACCAUCACCAUCAGGACAGAUCUGCUUAAAGAAGGUGAACUUCCUGUCCCUUUCCCCACCAAGUUCAAGGACAGCUGGGACGACGUGUCUGUGAAGAUGCCCUGCUCCGACAAAAACCUGUUUCCUAUGGAGACUGAGGAUGGAGGAGGAGUCCAGAGCCGAUGGGAGCUGAUUCACACUGCCCUGCGUGGAGGGUUCAAAAGCAGCCUAGAUGUGAGGGAUGCCAUUCUGAGAUACAACACGGCCCAUGCAAAGAAAUGGGACUUCACUGCCCUGAACCUGCUCUGUACUGAGUAUCUGGAGCACAGUGAGGCUCAGCACCUGUUGGAGGUGGUGCUGCCUGCCAUGGUGGACUUGGCCCUCAGCGCUCCACGUCUCUGCACAAUGCCCAUUCCUUUACUAAAAUCUCGGAUGAACCACUCACUGACGCUGUCUCAGGAGCAGAUCGCCUGCCUGCUGGCCAACGCCUUCUUCUGCACAUUCCCCCGACGCAACUCGCGCAAGUCUGAGUACUGCAACUACCCUGAGAUCAACUUCUAUAGGUUAUUUGAAGGUUCUUCUACACGAAAGAUUGAGAAGUUGAAAACCCUGUUGUGUUAUUUCAAGAGAGUUACCCAAAACAGGCCAAAGGGUCUGGUCACGUUUACAAGACAAACUGUAACUAGUUCCCCAGACUGGGAAAGCUCUCAAAGUCAGCUGACACGUCUACACAUCACCUGUAAGGGGACCAUUGAGGAGGAUGGAUACGGAAUGCUGCAGGUGGACUUCGCAAACAGGUUUGUGGGAGGGGGAGUGACUGGACACGGUCUGGUCCAGGAGGAGAUCCGAUUCGUCAUAAACCCAGAGCUCAUCGUGUCCCGCCUUUUCACCGAAGCUCUGGAGAGCAAUGAGUGCCUCAUCAUCACAGGUACCGAGCAGUAUAGUAAAUAUUCGGGUUAUGCGGAGAGUUACAAGUGGGUGGGCAGUUACAAAGAUGAGACCCCGAGGGACGACUGGCAAAGACGGUGUACUGAGAUAGUUGCCAUUGAUGCGUACAAAUUCAGACAUUUCUUAGAGCAGUUCCUUCCGGAGAAGAUUACAAGAGAACUUAAUAAGGCAUACUGUGGAUUCUUCCGCCACAACGCCAACCGCCAGCAUCUCUCCGCCAUCGCUACGGGCAACUGGGGCUGUGGAGCUUUCGGAGGAGAUACAAGACUAAAAGCUCUUAUUCAGUUGAUGGCUGCAGCUGAGGCUGGGAGGGAUGUGGCGUACUUCACAUUUGGAGACGCACAGCUGAUGAGGGAUGUUCACCAAAUGCACAAGUUCCUCACAGAGAGAUGCGUCGCAGUGGGUCGUGUGUACAGCCUGCUGCUCCAGUACUUCAGUGACGUCUGUAAGAACUGUCGUACCUCCAGACCAGACCGCACCCUGUACAGCUUCAUCUACGAGCAGGUCUCCUCCUCCUCCUCCCACUGCAAAGACCCUGGACACAGCUCCUUCACCUCAGACUCCCAUUAACACCACACGGAUUGUCUGCUCCACACAGCCAGGUUCAAUCAAAACAGUGUUAGAGCGCUACAAUCACUUUCAAGGACACAUAUUAUGCAAAAUAGCUUUUAUUUUAAAGGUGCGUUGUGUAACUUUUCUGGCGGAGGGUCCAUCAAACGCUUUUCUUACCUUUGUAUCUUCAUGGAGACCAAACAAGGUGGAGAAGCAACCGUGCUCACAAUCAGAAUGCCUGUUUUUCUAGGUAUUUUUGAGCUGUAAAGCCAUCUGUAGUUUAAUAAAUGUAAUGUAGAGCUGUUUAAUGUCAUACUGUGGAACCUUCCAGGCAGCAUAGUGACAUAUCCAUGGAAACAAGCAGGUGAUGAACCUCCAACCAAAAAGUUACAUCGUGCACAAUUUUAUGUUGUUGUCUACUCAUCAAAAACAUACCUGGAGUUGAAUUGUAUGUACGUUUCAUUAAUCUAAAGUUAAGUGUUCUCUGAGCUAUCAAAAAAAAGCUCAGUUUGCAUUUUGCCCUGAUUGUUACGUCAUAGUUAAAAUUCCAGACUUCUCCUGUGCAGUUUUUGAGUCCAUAAACCAUCACCAGACUCAUUCUACGGUUAAAUCGUGUUCGCUAAGAGUAUAUAGCUCUGUUGGCACAGCAUUUACGUGGCCUUUGAACUCUUUGAAAUCUUUAUUUUCUUAUUGUUCAUUCGCAUUGCUGACAGCAGAGCGAGCCUCAACACCUACAUACCUCACUGGAAACUGAGGUGUAGUUUAUAAAAUUGUUUUUCCAAAUGCAGACAUUAUUUUAAGUUAGAAAAUGUGAAGUGCUUAUUUAAGGUGACCACAAGUAUUUUGCAUAAUAUGUGUCCUUUAAAUGUAAGUCUGGUUUGGACUGACCGGUACGGUAUUUUAACAUUAGAUCUGUUGGAUUCAUUCAAAACUGAACCAACUGAAAUGAUAUCAUGGAAUUGGUAGCUGGUCCAUCAAAAUGUUCAAUAUUGGUGCCAAUAUCUGACACCUUUAUUGUAUUGGUGCACCCCUAUGCCAUUACCAGUGGUUCCCAAGUUGUUGCUGAUCCUAUAGCCCUUGGGAACACCAUCAAUUCUGACAUACUGUGGAAUAUUAUAGGCAUAGCAAUUCCCAGUACAUCUCCAUGAAGACAAUCAUAUGGACAACCCCCCCAACAUAAAUAUUACUGUUUACUGCUAUUACUGUAUACUUAGUGCACCCUCAAAAAGACCAUUUAUGUGUCAUUCUAACUAAAAUUCACUUAUUUAACAAAACAAAUGCGCUGUACCACUUUAAUACAAACCAGACUCACCUCUCACACAGACCUCCCCUUUAAAGUGCCUCUGACAGGUUAAGAUUUAGCUGAAAAAUGUCUUAUUCUUUUCCUAUUCUGUCCAUUUUUUUAGGUUUAAAAUUUUACUUCCUAACUGGAAAUUGUGACAUCACACUAGGAAAUUUCAUAACCAUUAUCGUGAAACCAUAUUACGUAGUGGUCUAAGACUCCUUUAUGUACACAGAAAUAAUUCUUUAACAAAUAAAAAUAGAAGAAAACACCAUUUUGUUAAAAUCAUAUUUAAAGUAUCAGAAAAAAGUGUUUAUUUUUUGUAAAUUAUGACAAACUUUUAGAUGGAAUACUUCUAGUGUAAUAUCAUCAGGCCCGUCGACAGAAAUUUGGGGGCCCGGGGCAAGAAGCCUCACAUGGCCCCCCCAUAAUAUAAAUUCAUAGGAAGAGUGUGCAGUUCCGGGCCCCUAAAAAACUCUGGGGCCCAGAACAAUGGACCCCUCUGUCCCCACCAUCUACUGCCUUGUGUGUCAUCAAUAUUGAACUCUCUAAAAUACAACUCUCCACUUCUUUCCACUUCCUGUAAUUUUCAAUGUAUUUUUCAACUUUUCUUCACAAAUUGCUUCUUGAUAUGGGUAAAAUUGUUCAUAUUUACAGCACGUAUUAUCCCACCAAAUCAUCAAAACCUGUCAAUUUGUAAAGAAAAGCUGAAAAAUAUGUUGAAAAUUACAGGAAGUGAAAAGUUCUAUCAUUUCCAACCAGGAUAUAAACAUUUAAACCUAAAAAACUGCAGAAUUGGGCAAUUUUCUUUAUUAUUUUUUAGGUAAAAUCUUAAAUAUAAUGAACUUAAGUGUGCUUUAGACAAAUCAGUAGUUGAACCUGUCAGGCACUUUAACUACUUUAACUACCCAACACACACUUCUGCCUUCAGUAGGAACCUUGUAUUAGUGGUGUCAAGACUUAUAGCAAUAGUAAAUCCGGUUGCUGUUUUAGGCCUUUUUAGUCUUGAUGUAAUGGGGGUAAAUAUGACAAAAGAAAUCCAGAAACGGCCAAAUAUUAGUAAUAUGCAUGGUGGUCAGUUUUCAGUAUGAUGCGGGUUCUUCUGCCAUAUACAAUGUUCAGCUUUUGUAAUAUCUUAACAUAGUGAUGAGUGCGGACUGAGUUAUCAUAUAGUAGUCUAUGCAUGGGUUACACUUAUUCAUAAAAGACAAUUAAAUGCUGCUUUUUGCCAUCUUCUGGGAUGUCAACAUUUCAAACACAAAUUUUAGUUUAUUUAAUUUAAGCUGCGUUGUGUAACAUUUCUGGUGGAGGGUCUGUUGAAUGCUUUUCACUGUGGAGAUGUUAUUGUUUUGUCUGGAAUGUUUCACUGUAUGGCAUUAAAUCUUUUUAUCUUCAUGGAGAACAAACCUUUAUUUACAGGUCAGAUCUGUGGAUAAGCGAUCUCACUCACAGUCAGUAUGCAUGUUUCUUCUAGGUGUUUUUGAGCUGUAAAACCACCUGUAUUGUAAUAAAUAUUAGUUGGAACUGUUUAACUGUCUGGAAUGUUCCACAGUGUGACAUUAAACAGCUCUACCUUACAUUUAUUCAAUUACAGAUGGUUUUAUAACUCAAAAAUACCCAGAAAAACAAGCAUUCUGACUGUGAGUGGGGUCGCCUCUCCACAGAACUGACCUGUAAUUUGGUAGAAGAUAGAUAUGUAAUAUCAUAUACAUAUAUAUUACCAUACUGUGAAACAUUCUAGAAGAAGCAAUAACAUGUCCAUGGAGAAAAGCGUUUGAUGAACCCUCCACCAGAAAAGUUACACAAUGCACCUUUAACCGUCACCAAAAAGAUAACAUAUUUCAAAGUGUUAAAAGUUCAUUCCAUUCAAUUAAUUUGGGGAACAGAUCAUUUAAAUUUGCACGUGGAUAUGAUUUUAUGUUUUACAAAUGUACCCGUUUGUGUUGAUUUAUUUUCAUAUUGUUUGACAGGAACACUAUUUAAUAAUAAUAAUAAUCCAUAAAGUAAAGAGUGUAUAAUAUUGCCUAAAACUGUACUUUUAGGUUGUACUCUUUUUAUUAUAAUUUCUUUAUUAAAAUAUAUCCUCUAAA